ACAGAAGAAAAUUCCAAUGACGGUAGCCAGCCAUCCAAAAGACGACGUAUGGGCUCGGGGGACAGUUCUCGAAGCUGUGAAACUUCUAGUCAAGACCUUGGAUACAGCUUUUUUUUUGCUGAAAACUUGAUAGAAUACAAAUGGCCACCGGAUGAAACAGGAGAAUACUAUAUGCUUCAGGAGCAAGUCAGUGAAUAUUUGGGUGUGACUUCCUUUAAAAGAAAAUAUCCAGAUUUAGAAAGACGAGAUCUAUCUCACAAGGAGAAACUCUACCUCAGAGAACUAAAUGUUAUCACAGAGACUCAGUGCACACUAGGUCUAACAGCUUUGCGUAGUGAUGAAGUAAUUGAUCUUAUGAUUAAAGAAUACCCUGCCAAACAUGCUGAGUAUUCUGUUAUACUGCAAGAGAAAGAACGUCAGCGUAUAACAGAUCAUUAUAAAGAGUACUCUCAAAUGCAGCAGCAGAACACGCAAAAGGUAGAAGCCAGUAAAGUUCCAGAAUAUAUUAAAAAAGCUGCCAAGAAAGCUGCAGAAUUCAACAGCAAUUUAAACCGAGAACGGAUGGAAGAAAGAAGAGCCUAUUUUGAUUUACAGACACAUAUUAUCCAGGUGCCUCAAGGAAAAUACAAAAUCUUACCUACAGAGAGAACAAAGGUUAGUCCUUAUCCAGUGGCUCUCAUACCCGGCCAGUUCCAGGAGUAUUACAAAAGAUACUCUCCAGAUGAACUUCGUUACUUGCCAUUAAACACAGCUCUGUACGAGCCUCCUUUGGAUCCAGAGCUGCCUGCAUUAGACAGUGAUGGAGAUUCAGAUGAUGCAGAGGAAGGGCGAGGUGAUGAAAAACGGAAAACCAAAGGCAAUUCGGACAAUUCGUCUGGCAAUGUAUCUGAAGGUGAUUGCGCCACAGACAACCAGGAGGAUUCUUUUCAGGGAAGACAAAAAACAAGAGACAAAAGUGCUACUCCAAGAAAAGAUGGUUCCAAACGUUCUGUAUUAUCCAAAUCAGUUCCUGGGUACAAGCCAAAGGUCAUUCCAAAUGCUAUAUGUGGGAUUUGUCUGAAGGGUAAGGAGUCCAACAAGAAAGGAAAAGCUGAAGCUCUUAUACAUUGCUCCCAGUGUGACAACAGCGGCCACCCUUCUUGCCUUGAUAUGACCCCGGAGCUUGUUGCUAUGAUUAAGACUUAUCCUUGGCAAUGUAUGGAGUGUAAAACAUGCAUUAUAUGUGGGCAGCCUCACCACGAAGAAGAAAUGAUGUUCUGUGAUGUAUGUGACCGCGGUUAUCACACUUUUUGUGUGGGGCUUGACGCUAUCCCUUCAGGUCGCUGGAUUUGUGAUUGUUGUCAGAAAGACCCUCCCGUACCCAGAAGAGGAGGAAGAAGGGGGAAAAACAGCAAGGAGGGCUAA